AUGGCACAAGCUAAACAAACCCCUCACAUUAUCAUUCUACCAGCUCCAGGGAUGGGUCACCUAAUCCCACUCGCCGAGUUUGCAAAGCAACUUGUCCACCACCACAACUUCUCUGUUACAUUCACCAUCCCUACUGAUGGUUCUCCUCUGAAAGCCCAAGAGACCUUCUUGAACUCCCUUCCCAAAAGCAUAAAUUCCAUAUUUCUACCAUCGGCCGGCCUUGAUGAUAUCGAUGUGGAUACGCCCAUUGAAACCCGCAUGUGCCUCGCAAUAUCUCAAUCCCUCCCGGCUCUCCGUGAGCUCUUCAAGGUCUUAACAACAACAACAACAACAACAACUACUACUACUACCAAUCUUGUUGCCUUGGUCGUGGACCACUUCGGCACCCAUGCCUUCGAUGUCGCCAAGGAAUUCAAGGUUUCACCUUACAUCUUCUUCCCCUCGCCAGCUAUUUUAUUGUCUUUGUACUUCCAUUUGCCAAAGCUUGAUGAAAUGUACUCUUGUGACUAUAAAGACUUGCCUGAACCAGUGAAGUUGCCUGGGUGUGUACCACUUCAUGGAAGAGAUCUUAUGGACCCAGCCCAAGAUAGGAAGGGUACACCCUAUGCAUGGGCCCUAUAUCAUUCCAAACGUUUCAAAUUGGCUGGAGGUAUUAUAUUGAAUAGUUUCCUUGACAUGGAAUAUGGGGCAAUAAAGGCCAUGAAUGAAGGUGGAGACCCGGACAUGCCACCGGUCUACCCAAUUGGACCUUUAAUUCAAAACGGUUCAAGGGAUGGGAUUGAUGGGUCUGAGUGUUUAAAGUGGUUGGACCAACAGCCUAAUGGGUCAGUUCUGUUUGUAUCAUUUGGUAGUGUUGGGGUGCUCUCAAAAGAGCAACUAAAUGAAUUGGCUUUGGGAUUGGAGUUGAGUGAGCAAAGAUUUCUAUGGGUGAUAAGAAGCCCAGCUCAAAGUGCCAUGAAAGUUGGAUACUCUAAUGGGCAAAGCAUUGAGGACCCAUUUGAUUUCUUGCCUGAAGGGUUCAUGGAGAGGACUAGAGAAAGGGGCCUAGUGGUGCCUUCUUGGGCCCCUCAGAUCAAAGUCCUUAGCCAUGGUUCGACCGGAGGGUUCCUAACCCACUGUGGGUGGAACUCAAUCUUGGAGAGUGUGGUUCAUGGGGUGCCCUUGAUCUCUUGGCCUCUCUACGCUGAACAAAAGAUGGAUGCAGUGAUGUUGGUGGAAGAUCUGAAGGUGUCAUUAAGGCCAAAAGCACAGGAGAAUGGGAUAGUUGCGAGGACGGAGAUCGCUGCGGUGGUGAAGAAACUAAUGGAUGAGGAAGAAGGGAAAGGAGUAUGUAUGAGGAUGAUGAAGUUUAGAGAUGCAGCUGCUAAGGUGUUGACUGAAGAUGGAUCUUCUACAGAGGCACUAUUUGAGGUGGUUCACAAAUGGAAGGCCCACUUGACCACUUAAUAAAGAAAAUU